CGAAGAACAAGGCAAGUCACAGCGGUUCAAUCAAGUCGUCACACAGCAUUAGGCCAGAGGUGAUUGAGAACAAAGCAACCUAGGGAAGCCGUACUAUCAAGCCCCUCAAAGCUGCACAGGUAGGAUCCGAAUGUGACGCAGAAGAGCGUUGAAUGGAACAUCACAGGUAUGGCGCGCGGUACUCCUUUGUUCGUCGGCGGCACCCGGUCGCAGUGGAAGCGUUCAGCGCCUAUACGCCUUCCAUUCCGUCACUUCACCUAUAUCACCCCGAUGUGCUGGCUAUUGGCGGCGGGGGAUGUGCGGACGAUACGUGCCAGGGCUGCCUGUGAUGUACGGCCUUGCGACUUUGACGACUGGGCCCUUCCCUGCGUUCCCUUCUUCUGCCCUGCCACGCCCAUCGGCUUGGUCGACUCCCAACCGCACCGCGCUUCUCGCCCGACUUUCACUUUCGGCUAACACCGACGCACGGCCCUUUGUGCUGCCUCCCGU